AUGGCGUUGUUGGCUGACCUAUCCAACCAAGUCAAGAAAUUAACAUCUAUAGUUUUUGCUUCUCCUACCAUGAAUCUUCCUACUGCUCAUACACCUGCCAUGGAGAUAGGGGGUUCUUCUCGAAACUUUGAGAGCAAAAGAAAAGCUCCUCAAAGGCAAUUCACUCCGUUGCCUAGACCAAUGUCUCAACUACUUCCAAUGCUGAUUGAAAAUCAUCUUGUGGCAAAAGAGAUCCCGAGAGAUAAUCCGCCAAAGUUUGUCGAGUUCGACCUUAAUAAGACGUGUGAUUAUCAUAUGGGAGAGAGAGGUCAUCAUGUGGACAACUGUCUGGUGCUCCGUUAUAAGAUCCAGAAUUUGCUGGAUAAAAAGCUGCUCACCUUUAAGGAUUCAGCACCGAAUGUCCAACGAAAUCCCCUUCCAAAGCAUUCUGAAGAUGUCAACAUGAUUUAUGGGGAUGUUGACAAGGAUAUACUCCUGAUGGGUAUCCAAAAGAUGGAAAAGAGCAUGCCAUUCAAUGAUCACCUGUUGAAAAGUCACAUCGUUCAUGAUGAAGAAGACUUUAUUUCAAUUUUGCCGAAGGAUAAAGGGGUUUACUCAUAUAACACAAAAGAGGAUGAAUACAAAACUUCCCAUUCAGACCGUAAAUUUGUGAAGAAAGCCCGUGAUAAGGGUGAAGUGGUAGACACCUUGGGACAACCAAGUGGGAAAUACAACUUUAUGGUCAAGUAUACUCCUCCUCCGAGUUAUUUCCAAAACCCUAAAGACAUCGUCCCUAAUGGAUGGGGAGAGGAAUUCGAGGAUGACUUCAUGGCUAUGAUUGAACCUGUUGUGAUUGAUUUGUCUAAAGGGAAAAGCCCAUGUGGGAGUGAUACAACUGCCAAGAAUGUUAUUGAAGUCAGCUCAUUGGUUGAUAAUUUUGGAGCCAUCAAAAUCCCAAACACGGGUUUUGGUCCCGUUGUGAUCGAGUUGCCACCAGAGUUAGGUGAAUGUUCCAACACUAAAGUGAUUCCUACUUUUGACACUAGGGCAGUCCCUUGGAAUUAUAAUUCAAAUGAAAUCGACGCCGUCACCCGAUCGGGUCGAAUCUACCCACCACGUGAAGGUGAGGAAAAGAAGGCCGUGACUGAUGAGGAAGCUGAACAACUCCUCAAAACACUCAGGACAAGUGAGGCUGAAGUGAUUGACCAAUUGUGCAAGAUGCCUGCGCAAAUUUCUUUAUUGGAGCUUUUCAAGACCUCUGAAAAGCAUAGAAAUGCUCUCCUCAAAAUUUUAAAUGAAGUUCAUGUACCCGAGGCCAUUGGAGAAGUACAGUUGGAGGAGUUUGUGGGUGCAAUACUUCUAAGAGAUCAAAUUACUUUCUCUGAGAGAGACCUCCCUCCUGAGGGCCAAGCACACACUAAAGCAUUAUAUGUGUACGCUCAACAUUUUGAGACAAAGAUUUCGAAGGUCAUGAUCGAUAAUGGCUCCGCCUUGAACAUUUGCCCUUUAUCCACCCUUCGUAAAUUAGGGAUAGGAAUGGAAAAUGUCUUUUCUCCAACAAUUCCUGUUCGAGCAUUUGAUGGGAUGAAGAGAGAAACAAUAGGAGAAAUCGAUUUACCACUGACGAUUGGCCCUAUUACCAUGACUCAAAAAUUUCAAGUACUGGAUAUCCCAAGCAAUUUUAGCUUGCUAUUGGGACGACCUUGGAUCCAUGCUGUAGGGAUCAUUCCUUCUAGUCUUCAUCAGAUGAUGAAACUGCCCAUCGAUGGAAAGAUUGUGACCAUCCGACGUGAAAGAGAUGUGGAGACUUUCCAUAAUACGGCCAUACCUUUCAUUGAGCCUGAGGUCAAGGGAGAAUCGAGCUAUCACUCGUUUGAGAUGGUAUCUGUCACUCAUGUGCCUGUUGGGUCGAUUAUUAGGAAGCCUCGAUUCUCGGAAGCCUCCCUGAUGGCAAGUAGAGAACUGCUCAAGAACGGUUUUGCUAUGGGGAAAGGUUUGGGUAAGUUCGCCCAAGGCAUUAUAGAUCCUAUUAAGGUGGUCAAAAUCAGCAAGCGUAAAGGCCUGGGUUAUCAAGGCGACCGUAAGGGUCAAGGUAAUCGCAAAGGCCCAAACAUCAAAGGUAAAAGCUACCAACGUCUCUUGCCUACACCUUUGAAAGAUUUCUUUCCCGGACCACCGAAGCUCUUACAAGAAGAAGAGGCCAAUAUCUAUCACUUUGCUGAUUUGUUUGAAGAUGGUUUGAUUGGCACUAUUAAUGAAGAUGAAGAGCCUACAAUUCUCACUGGGUAA